AUGGCUACGCCCCAUUGGCAGCGCCUGGACGCCGGCAUUAAUGUGCGUGGCGGAGAUCGGUUUCACUAUGAUAUCCGGCAAGAUGGCACCUUUGCACUCUCCGAAGCAGCUCUCGAAGUCACACUCCUGCUUGCCUCGGCGGCCGGCUGCAAUCUUGUGGUGGUCGAGUCCUUCUGUGGAUGGCAGCGCCACGAGCACAUGACGUGCCGCAUCUGGUUCAAGCAGGUCUCUGACGUGCGCAGCUACAUCCGCGACAAUACGGAUAUUGACUAUGGCCAGCGCCAGGGAUACCUCACCUGCUUCCUGAGCGACUGA